UUGGGUUUUUUACAAAGAGUUCCAAAUAUCAUCAACAUCAGGUUUCUGUGUCAUCGUCUACGAUGUUGCUGUCUGCGAUGUCGUUUGCAAUGCUGGCAUAUCUCCUUUGAGAAAGAACACAUAGAAUGCAAGCAAAAACAUCAAGCCGUACCAAUAUUUACAUUACUUCAACGAUAAAUGCCUUCAAUAAGACUAUAGUCAGCUUCAGUAGAUUGGCAGUUGAAGUUGUAUUUUGAAACUGUUUGGACGUGUGACGAGAAGAAUGAAGCUGCUUUUGAUUGUUGCAUUUAUCUACGUUUACUUUGAAUAUGUUAGUUUAGAGCAUAAACAAGAAGAAAUGAAGUUAGACGAACAAAUACAAAAUCUACAAACGGACGUGAAAUGUAUACGACAAUAUUUAAAAGAGAUGUAUUUAAAGUCACUUCCUGAAAACGGUAGAUCGAUCAAAGAGAUAUAUUUAUCGUCUAAAGCAAAGGAUACACUGAACGCAAAACGAUACAUUUCUUAUGAGGAUUUCGUACUUGCGAGAGCAUUUAAAAGAAAUAUGUCCACAGGAGAUAUCAUGGGUCUUAGUUCACAAGUAGUAGAAGAUUACGUGUACAUUUUCAAAUUAUUUGAUGACAACGCAACCAGACGGAUUACUUCUUUCCUAUUUUCGAAAUUGCGCAGUUGGAAUACUAGAAAUAUUGUAUUGAAUGUGACGUACGUGGAACAAAAAAUGAAUGAAACUCAAAUUGAACGAGGCCAAUUGCCGUACAGUUUCGAUCGUGAUGAAUAUAAUGAAUGUCUUGAGUUAUUUGCAGAGGAUCUAUCCAAGAAAGUGGCAUCGGACACUAUUUCUCGAGUGAUGACUCUACAACGUAUAUUGUAUGGAAAUCGAACGGAAAUUGAAAAUGCUUUGUCUUAUCUGUAUGGCUCUGCUUCAGCCAUAGACUCUACAACCAAUGCAACCAGCUAGCUAAAUCAUUACCAAUGACGAUUUUCAUGUUGGACAAUUUCAUUAAAAGUUUACAUAAUGCAGUUUUCAACUUUUACAGCUAAUUUAUUCGGUCUUUCUAUCAUUCUUUGUUAUUUAUUGGUAUUCUUUUAAUAAUUGUUCCACAUUGGCAUCAAUAUGACAAAGUUGAAUUUAUUUCGUUGAUGGUUUCUUCACACCUCCCGAUGUCAAUGUUUUAAAAUAAUUGUCAUUUGAAUACUCGUCGAUCCAAAUGGGAUAAAAUAAAAGAUUGUCUGUUCCCGUGGUUUCAAUAAAGUUGGAAUGGAUCAAAAAAUCGUCAA